AUGGUGGGGUUCGGAUGGCGGGAGAUUCUGGGGUUGAAGGAUAAGUCUCAAGGGAACGCUGAGCUUGCUGCUGAGUCGCAUCAGGUGUACUACGUUACGAAUCGGGUGUGCGAGAGGGAGGACGAGAAGAUGGGCAAGGUGUACGCCAAGCACAUGGACAGUGGGCUGCACGUUGGCGUGGUGGAUGUGGACUGUCCUAAUGGCAAGCCUCAAGUGAAGCCAGAAGGGCAGCUUGUAACGAGUAUGGACUCGGAGGCAUUCAAGCAGCGGCUGAGAGAGCAUGUGGCCCGCGAUGAGAACAAGGCAGUGCUUGUUUACGUGCAUGGCUGCUUCACUGAUUUCAGCCGGGGCAUGGGCUACGGAGCAUUCAUGCAGCGUGGUCUCGACUUCAACGGGCCCAUGGUGGUGUACAGCUGGCCGACGGUGGGGCGGCCGUCCGUGUCGGUGGGGUUGGGGGUGAUCAGCCUGUACCGCCAGGACGAGAUCACAUGCAUGCAGGCCGCUCCUGACCUCAGGUCGACUUUUGAGUUGACUCAAAACUCGAUUUUUCAGGUGUCUCAAGCCAUGGCCAUCUGCGUUGUCGAGCUGAGAGCGAAAGCCGUGCACGUGAUGCCAUACAGCAUGGGCGUGCACGUGAUGCCAUACAGCAUGGGCGUGCAUGUGAUGCCAUACAGCAUGGGCGUGCACGUGAUGCCAUACAGCAUGGGCGUGCAUGUGAUGCCAUACAGCAUGGGCGUGCAUGUGAUGCCAUACAGCAUGGGCGUGCAUGUGAUGCCAUACAGCAUGGGCGUGCAUGUGAUGCCAUACAGCAUGGGCGUGCAUGUGAUGCCAUACAGCAUGGGCGUGCACGUGAUGCCAUACAGCAUGGGCGUGCAUGUGAUGCCAUACAGCAUGGGCGUGCAUGUGAUGCCAUACAGCAUGGGCGUGCAUGUGAUGCCAUACAGCAUGGGCGUGCAUGUGAUGCCAUACAGCAUGGGCGUGCAUGUGAUGCCAUACAGCAUGGGCGUGCAUGUGAUGCCAUACAGCAUGGGCGUGCAUGUGAUGCCAUACAGCAUGGGCGAUGUCCUCCAGAUGCUGUCUAGAGAACUAGGAGCAAAGGCCGUGCAUGUGAUAGCGUACAGCAUGGGCGCGCGCAUGAUCCCCAACCAACCCCCCCUCAUCCUUCGCUUCCCUGCCCACAGGACUCAUUCAUACCCCUUCCCCCUUCCUCGCUGCCCACAGGAUUUGCUGCAGAUGCUGUCUAGAGAAGUGGGAGCUAAAGCGGUGCACGUGAUGGCAUACAGCAUGGGCGCGCGCACACUAUUAGAGGCCCUCCGCCUGUCGUCAGUCUCCCCGUCGCACCUGGACCCCUUCCACGCCUCCACCGGCGUAACCUCCCACAUCUACUUCAUGGCUCCUGACGUCGCUGCUCACUCUUUUUCUUCUGUCAUACGGAAAUUCAAGUUCCCGGGGAUUGCGUGGGACGGGGAGGCGGAGGAAAAAGAGAGGUCUGCUGGGGGUGCGUUGGAAAGAGGGGCAGAGGAGGGGGAAACGGGCCGUGGGGCUUGGGAUGUCAGGCACCCGUUGAACUCUCACCAGCAAGCCCAGCACGUGCAGGCAGCGCCUGUGGUGUUGCCAUUGCCAUCCUCUCCUUCCUCUCCUUCCUCUCCUUCCUCUCCUUCCUCGCCUCUCUCCCCCUCAUCAUCCCACACUUCAUAUUCCCCCUCUUCCCCAACUUCCUCCACACCUUCCUUAGCAACUCCUUCCCCCGCUCCUUCCUCCGCAGCAUCCUCUGCCCCUGCCUCCUCACCUUCCUCCUCCACGUAUGACUUAAAUGCACGCAGUCACGAUUCCAUGAUAGAGAGGAUUGCAGACGUGUGGAACGUGGCUGGGGAAUGCAACUCAGGUUGGGUUACGCUACGGCAGGCUUGGCAGGAGGUUCGGGAAAAGGGGCUGAUGGAGGUUUGGAGCGAGAUAUUCCACCCGCCAGGCCUUGCCGAACCUGGUGGCUAUGGGUCUGCCAAGGCUGUGCCAGGCCUUGGAGCCUCCGAACCAGAGAGUUUCGGAGGUGCAGAAAGGCCAACAGAAUCAGCGGUCAGGCCACUGCCAUCAGUAGCAUCAGCAAGAGGCGGAGCAAGAGGAGCAAGCGAAGCACCAGGAGCAGCAGUUGCAGCAGCAGAAACCAGUGGGUCUAGAGGGACAGGGACAGGAGAGCGCAGCAGCACACAGCCAGCAGUGCGGGAGAACGCGCACAUACAUCUGUUCACGGCUCGCAACGACAUUGCUCUGCUGCUCUCCGAAUUCAUGGACGCCGGUAUUCCCAAGGUACGCCGCCAAGCAAGAAGCACUGUGCUCACGAGGGCUUUUAACACGGUACACGUGAGCAACCUGAAUAGCGGGCUGCUCAGCACGGGGCACUCCUACCUCUUCCACCAUCGCUUUCCCUCCUUCCCUGCUUCCCUCCUUCUCUGCUUCCUUCCUUCCCUCCUUCCCUCCUCCCAAUUGCCCCCCCUCAGGUGCGUGCAGGUCGAGGUUCCGAUGACUUCCUCCUGUGCUGCGGGCACAAAGCCUUUGAUACAGUUGAUGUGA